UCCGGCUACAAAAUAUUAUUUAUCGUUAGUUUAUAUUUUAUUCCGAUCAUGUCCCGUAGUAAAAUAUGGAAAUACUACGACAAGUUGGACCGGAAUUCUGCCCUCUGUCAGCUGUGCGAGAAGAUCAUCAAGACGUGCGGCAACACGUCCAAUCUGAUGAAACACAUGAAGACCCAUCCGCAAGUAGAUCUCUUCGACGAUGAUACGGUGGUGGUUCGGGGCAUUUACAAGCGACGGGAGCAGAAUGACCACAAGCGGAGGAUGCGGAAGGUGAUGGCCCUCAAGGAGGAGAGCUCCGAUUUCCACAGCGAGCUGUUGCUCAAGGCGGCCAAGGAGGCGGACGAUCUAAUCGAAGUGGAGGCUCACGGACUGGCCAAAACGCCUUUGGAGGAUCACAUCUCCGUGCAGAGCGUCGGAUAUGCGUGGGUCACUCCGGAGGCAGCAACGGCCGGAACAGAGACUGUCAGCGCUGAGGACAUCAUCGAGUUUGAACCGAAGGAAGAAACCGAAGAGCCAGACAGAAGUUCAAUCCACCAGGUGCAGGAUGUAACACCUCCUGAAGCUGACAACUUAAACAUAGAAGUAGCCGUCCCAAGCCUGCGUUCCUUCCAUCGGCACCUGGCAUUUUUCAUCUGCCGUGAUCGUCAACCGCUGCAGCUUCUUCAGGGAGAGGGAUUCCAGCACCUGGUAAAAGUCCUAUGCCCCACCUACAACCCACCGAGUCUGCCGGAACUGGAAGCUAUCAUAUGCAGGGAGUCAGAACUGCAGAGAUCCAAGCUCCGCCAUCAGUUGGCCGCCACCUCGUCAUUCAGCCUCAGUUGCUCCAUGCACACAAAGAUCGAGGGUCCAAGCUGGCUAGAGCUGGUGGCCCACUUCCACGAAGGACGGCAGCGAAUCUCCCGAACGCUUUCUGUGCAGAGCCUUUCCGAUACCUUAACUCCCAGUCAAGUUGUGGACCGCAUGGAACGUGUAUGUCAGCGCUUCGACAUCAUAAAGUCCAAAAUCUCCUGCGUGACUACGAGGAACAGUAGCCUGCUGAAGGAAGCGGUGACCUCCUUUCUGGGCGCCCCACGUCAUGUGCCAUGCCUCGCCGACCAAUUGAACACUAUCUUGAAGGCAGUGGUGCAGCGACCAGAGAUUAGUGGCAUGUGUGAAAAGGUGCGUUCCUAUGUGAAGUCGACCCUGGAAAAUGGAGUUCACUGCUCACAGAACAAGCUCCAGCUGGAUGCCAUUCAGCGACCUCUUAGCACCUAUGAUAUGCUAGACCUGUACCUGAAACUAUCUUCCGCUCAUUUAGAAGAGACGCUUCCGCUUUCGCCGGCGGAAGUGGAUCUUUGCCAGCAGUUGCUAGACCUGCUGAGACCCUUGACCAGCUCCAUGCGCGAGCUUAGUAGAACGCACUAUCCCGCGGCCAGCACAGCUCUGCCCAUCGCCCACACCCUGAUCAACGAACUGAAGCAGGAGAAGAGCGCGGAACACGAGGUGAUCCAGGCGUCGCGCCUGUUCAUGGUGCAGCAGAUGGAGGAGAACUUCGAGGGCUUGGAGAAGAACGUGCUCGUGGCCAUGGCCAGUCUGAUGGAUCCGCGGUUCCGGAAUAUUCCCUUCCAGAGUGGGGCCCUGGUGGCCAAAUACAUGACGCAGCUGUACGACUUGAUGCAGGCGCAUGUGGACAGCGGAGAGCCAAUUGUCGGUGAAGAUCCCGUGGACCAUGACAACUUCGACAUCUGGGCGGCUUACAAAUCCUUCUCACACGCAAAACAACGGCUCAUUAACGGAAGUAAUGGCGCCGAUGCCGACGAUGAGAUAGCCACAUACUUUUGCGCUGGCAUGAGCACCCUGCAGGCGGAUCCCAUUCAGAUCUGGCAGGAGCUAUCGCCAGCUCAUCCCUUCCUGCACAGCGUGGCCCAAAAGUACCUUCACAUUCCGGCCACCGCAGAGCCGCCGGCACGACUUUUUACUGCCGAAGGAGCUGCGGUGACAGAGCAGAACGCCAAACUAAACGGCUUGGAUGACAUCCUCUUCUUGGCAGAUUUCCCGACAAAAGACUGGAAUUUAUAGCAUAGCCUAGACCUAGUUAAAUCUCACUAUAGUUUUAGCAUUUAUUAUUUCCACUUUUUAGGAAAUUUAUUUGUUAUUUAAAAGUGUUUAU